CGAGCCCGUCCCUUCAGUGCGCAUGCGCGGAGGCCUUUCCUGGCGACAUUCCGCCGUGCGCGGCCCCGUCCGCCUAGUGUGCGCGCACGUCUCCAUCGUACCCGAGCGUCAGCCGGGCGGUUCUCUCUCCUGCCAGCAGCAGCAGCCGGAGCCGUGUGAGGUAAUAACGGCCGCCGCCCGAGGGAGGGACCCGGAGAGGAGCAGCCGCAGCGUCCCGGAGAGCAGCCCGCAGCAGCCAGGACACAGGAAUGGCAGCCAUUCGGAAGAAACUGGUCAUCGUUGGAGAUGGAGCUUGCGGAAAGACCUGUCUCCUGAUUGUGUUUAGUAAAGACCAGUUCCCGGAAGUCUAUGUACCCACAGUGUUUGAGAACUAUGUUGCAGACAUUGAGGUGGAUGGAAAGCAGGUGGAGCUGGCUCUGUGGGACACGGCAGGUCAGGAAGACUACGACAGGUUGCGGCCCCUGUCCUAUCCAGACACCGAUGUUAUAUUGAUGUGCUUCUCCAUCGAUAGCCCAGACAGCUUAGAGAACAUCCCUGAGAAGUGGACCCCGGAGGUGAAGCAUUUCUGUCCCAAUGUGCCCAUUAUUCUGGUUGGAAACAAGAAGGAUCUUCGCAAUGACGAGCACACCCGCCGGGAGCUGACCAAGAUGAAACAGGAGCCGGUGAAGCCGGAGGAAGGGCGUGACAUGGCCAACAGGAUUUCUGCCUAUGGUUACAUGGAAUGCUCUGCGAAGACGAAGGACGGCGUCAGGGAGGUGUUUGAGCUGGCCACACGGGCCGCCCUGCAAGCCAGACGCGGCAAGAAGAAAACUACGUGCCUUCUUAUCUGACGGAUCAACCUGCCGUACCCGCACACAACACAGCAUCCAGACGGUCCCUGUCAGACGCAGCGUGUAUCGGGAGAGUCGCGCGGCAUGAACCGUCACAGAUAUUCCUUCAAGUGAUGUUUAUUAAUCUUUAGAGUGUUCUUACCGGCCUUUGUCUUUUCCAUUUACUAUGUAAUGAGAUUUUAUAAGAGUCAUCUUGCUAUCAGUAUUUAAGUCGACAUGUUUUUUUUCUUGAUUAUAUAUAAAUAUUAUAUGUAACUCCACUGUUAGCAGAUGUAUCAUUGCACCAGACUAACUUUGACAUUCCACUGCACAUUGUCUGCCCAGACUCGCUCAUUGGACGCUAGGCUCCGCCCAUCCCCCAGGUGCCAUCACUGUAUGCCCAGGUGUAUUGUAAGAGGAGAGACUGGUUAUAGGUGGCAUCCUGCCCGUGAGUGCAGAGGUGGCGGCCGUCUCGCAUACAGUGGCAAUCCCCCCCAACACGCCAACGUGAGGUACUAGGCUAUCUGCAGGCUGACACCCAGGCAGAAGUGACUGUAUAUGAGCACCAUUGUAUGCAGGCUGACACCUAGGCAGAAGUGACUGUAUAUGAGCACCAUUGUAUGCAGGCUGACACCUAGGCAGAAGUGACUGUAUAUGAGCACCAUUGUAUGCAGGCUGACACCCAGGCAGAAGUGACUGUAUAUGAGCAACCGUUGUAUGCAGGCUGACACCCAGGCAGAAGUGACUGUAUAUGAGCACCAUUGUAUGCAGGCUGACACCCAGGCAGAAGUGACUGUAUAUGAGCACCAUUGUAUGCAGGCAGAAGUGACUGUAUAUGAGCACCAUUGUAUGCAGGCUGACACCCAGGCAGAAGUGACUGUAUAUGAGCACCAUUGUAUGCAGGCUGACACCCAGGCAGAAGUGACUGUAUAUGAGCACCAUUGUAUGCAGGCUGACACCCAGGCAGAAGUGACUGUAUAUGAGCACCAUUGUAUGCAGGCUGACACCCAGGCAGAAGUGACUGUAUAUGAGCACCAUUGUAUGCAGGCUGACACCCAGGCAGAAGUGACUGUAUAUGAGCACCAUUGUAUGCAGGCUGACACCCAGGCAGAAGGGAUUGUAUAUGAGCACCAUUGUAUGCAGGCUGACACCCUGGCAGAAGGGACUGUAUAUGAGCACCAUUGUAUGCAGGCUGACACCCUGGCAGAAGGGACUGUAUAUGAGCACCGUUGUAUGCAGGCUGUAGUAUCUUGUUGGUAUUUUGGGUUUCCUAUUUGGCGUUGGUAAAUAAAGUAACUUUCUGUGCUGGUUGUAUAACAUUGCUUCUGUGGUAGCGACCUGUGCGGAUGCCCUGUAGUGUGUCACGUGGGAUUAGGGGAAUGUGUAAGGUGUCGGCUCUCUAAUGACGUUGGUCCCCUCUGCAGUGUUAUAGGAACGUUCCCCAUUACUGUGGGAUUUAGGCAUGUACUAUUCUGGGGAACAGAGUUUUUUUUUUUUUUUUUUUUCCUAUUCCUGGGGAAAAUAAUGAUUUAUAUAUAAUCUAAGCAUAAAGUGGCAUUAAAGGGCCAUGUAUUUAACACUGGGGGGGUGUUGCUCGGCCAGACCCAUUACACAGCUGAGCUGCCAGGGCCCGGUGGGCACUCAGUAAGGCCCUGACUGACCAGUACCCUGUAAGGCGCUCUCGUGUGUCUAGCUUUUCCCAUGGCCCAGGGCAGGCCGCCACCUCACACAAAGGGAUCCGCCCGUCUCCUCGGCGUAGGCCGCCGCUCAUCUUUUUGUAUAAUUGGAAUAUCUAACUGUUACUUGUCCUUUCUGGGUAAGAGUUUUUUUUUUUUUAUUAUUAUUAAUUGUUUUUGACAAUAAAAAGUGAGAAACCA